UAGGCACCCGCUGGAUCUCUGGCACGCGGUGCCGUUGCCUGACACGCACCUCUCUUUGCCUCUUCGGGAGCAUCGUUCAAAUUUUUUGUUUCAGUAUUUAUCUCUGUCUCCGUGCGCUCUCACUUAUUUGUGCGACGACCUCCUAUGCCAUGCGGCGACGGCCGUCACCAACGUGCCAACCGCGAUUCCAUCAAAGCGGUGUUACGUGACCUUCAUUUUCUCGGAAAACAAAGGCGCGUGCGUUGCAGCUGCAUCUCCCGUUUCACAGCGCUCCGCGCUAUCGGCUUGCUCGUGGGAGUCGAGCCCGAGCGUAGCAGAGGCAUGCCGCCGCACGAGGGAAGGAGGAAACGCUCUCGCACCUCGUUCGGUCCAGAAGUGAUAUCGCUGACGUGUAUUUUGCUGGCUGUGCCGGAUGUCAGUGCGACUGUUCCAGCUUACGGAAGAAGAAUGAGCUUCGAGGACUUGAACGCGACCAGUAGGGCCGGUGCUCAGCCGCCGACCCCGUGCGGGGAGCUGUGCGAGCUGCCCUCGGCGCCCGUCUUCAAGCCCUCGUCGCUCGUGCGAGUGGUGGUGCUCGCCGUGAUAGGCGCCCUCUCUUUGGCUGGCAACGCGGCGACACUGGCAUCGAUAUGGACGCACCGGCGUCGGCGUUCUUCUCUGUACAUGCUGCUCGCCCACCUGUCCGUGGCCGAUCUUCUGGUGACGUUCUUCUGCGUGUUGGCAGAAGCCGCCUGGACGUGGACCGUGCAGUGGGUGGCCGGUGACGCGCUCUGUAAGCUCGUCAAGUUUCUCCAGAUGUUCGCCCUGUAUCUGUCCACUUUCAUACUGGUGGUGAUUGCCUUCGACCGCUUCGCCGCCAUGCGUUUCCCCAUGCGGCGUCCCAGCGCCCGCCGUACUGCCACCCGCAUGGUGGCGGCCGCGUGGACUUCAGCUGCCUUGCUCAGCUUGCCCCAGGUGUUCAUCUUCCGCGUUCAGCGAGGCCCCUUCGCGGAGGAGUUCUACCAGUGCGUCACGUACGGGUUCUACUCGGCGCAGUGGCAGGAGCAGCUGUACACCAGCUUGUCGCUAGUCUGCAUGUUUCUUCUGCCUCUCGCCACGCUGGUCACCACCUACAUCUGCACAUUCUACACUAUCUCAGUGCAGCGGAGCGUCUUUGUUCCUGCCAGAAAAUCCAGCAAGGAACGGGGUUCCCGAAAAUAUGGACGCAGGCGUGCCGGCGAGCAGUCCUCAUGUUCGGAGGCUCGGCCCCCGUCGUCAAUGGAGGAAGCCCGGCGGCGUCUCCUGCACCGGGCCAAGAUGAAGUCCCUCAUGAUCACCGUGGUCAUCGUGGCCGCCUUCAUCAUCUGCUGGACGCCCUACUACAGUAUGAUGAUCAUCUUCAUCUUCCUCGAGCCUGACGACCAGCUGACGGAGGAACUGCAGGCUGGCAUCUUUUUUUUUGGAAGCUCGACGGCCAUGAUAAACCCGCUCAUCUACGGCGUCUUUCACCUGCGGCAUCAGAGGCCUUCGAGGGGAUCGCGGCAGUUCAACAGCAGCGCCGCGUCGCGUGCAGUCGACCACUCCACGUUGCUCCUGGCGGGGUCGCUCAACAAGGCACCUGCUGCUCCUGCGGCAUCGACGACGGAGCCGCCGCUUCAGUGCGGCGAGGACUCAAUGAAAUCCAGAAGUGUGCGCGGCUGUUCUGCUUCCGAAGCCACCACUGCCUUAGUGGUGGGCAACGGUUGCCCCACGCGGAUGGCGUCGCAUUCCUCUCUGGUGACACAGCACCGGAAAGAGAAACGGAGAGAAGGAGAAUCAGAUAAUGAGAGCCACACCGAAUGUCGCACUUCACAAGAUGAUAGUUAGGACUACUGUUUGUGUCCGUGAAUAUGGUGAGAAAAAAGAAAGACCAUUGUUCCGUGUAUUGACUUCAUCUGCCAUAGCUAACGGUGAACAUGCAGGUUCUGAGUACUCUUCAGGACUGAGAGUGUGGCUCUACAUGAAAUGGGGCAUCAAUAUUUUUGAGUCCUUUACAGAAGCGCUCUGGAGCGUAUGAAAGUAUGGUCCUUGACUGCUCAGUGACCUAAGUACUGUGUUCAGUGCCGAGUUUGAGCGCAAGAACAGUCACGUAGCGAGUGCGUUGUACAGCUGUUGCGUUCCCUUGGCAUAACGUUGCUUUGACACAGCUUUUAAUGGCAAGUAAGAGCUAGACGUACGCCACUAUUAAAGUAUUUCCAUAACGAAUGGAAUACAUUUCAAUUUAAUCUAGUGCUCGAUUCGAAUAGUUGAUAUUUGCAACACAGAAUGUGUAUUGCAUAGUUUUUGAAUAAUCAGCAGUGACUUUCGAGCACCAGAACAAAGAAAAAACUAAAGCAGCGAGGCUGGGAUCAUCUUUCUCAUUUUCUUCCUUUAACUACAUGAAUCGAACGCAUAGCGAAAUAUUUUAUGCCACUCAGAGCAUGCAAUUUGUCGAUAAUUGAUUAGCCUGCCUAUUUGAUUUGCAUUUGAUUCUGUUUCAAAAUUACUAUUUGCAGACCCUUGCAAAGCCAGAUUCAUCAUUGAAAACUUCUUUUCUUUUUCAUAAUGUUUGAUUGUUUUACAACAAGCAUCAGCGCUGUAUUCUUCUUUCUCAAGAGUCAUUAAUUUCCUCAAGUAUUAAAACUUGUUCAAGAGCUCAGCUUCAGCACCACUGCACGCGUGUACGUUUCCCAAAUUGUGAACGACAGUACCGACCAACAUGUAAACAUAUAAGCACUAUUUUCUUUGGUGAUAGUUCAACCACGGUAGCGUCUUACCUUUUCUAUAGUCAUGAUAUGUCUUGCGUGAGGUUUUGGUAAUCAUUACUCAUGGUAGUCAUUAUGUUAGUUUUUGAUAUUGGUAAAGACAAAAUGCACUCGAAAGACGUACACAACAAAGGCACAUGUGAACCGUCUUUGUUCUUUCACGUUUAUUUCCAUACAAUCCUUUUUUUUUGUGCAACAGAAGCCCCAUUUGCCUAGCUUUUCAUUUUUCCAAAGGCCUGCCUUUAAUUUUCUGCCUUUCUUUCUUUUUUCGGAAUCCAACCCUUAUAGUUUCGCAUGUGCUCACUCUUCAUUCAAGACCAGUUAAUAAGUUGUUCAAAUUGCAAGCAUUCAGUGCACAUUGGAAACUCUUACACAAGCUUUCACUAGAAGUUUUCUCUCAAAACUCUAUUUAUGACCGUGACGAUUGAUUUGAGGUGCCGAUUCACUUACACGAGCGUAUGUCGCAGACAUUCUUGACAAACAAAUAAACUUUCCGGCCAUAACGAAGGGACUUGAUGAGUCCCUCUCGGUUGGGAAACAAGCGCACACGCCCUUCUCUGACACCAUGAAGGGCAGGCAAACGCAGUUAUCGAACAAAGGCACAUGUCUUAUGCGACAUGGCGUCACAUGACACGCACCCAAAAUUACGCCAUGCAAAAAAAGCAAAAAACAAAAGGAAAGCAUGCCGAAGAACAAAUUCGCGAAAAUCUUUCAACUGAGUAAGUAAGUACAGUGUCGGUCGACAGAAGUUUAAAGAACGUCUUCAUCUGCCGCACACAUCAAGUUCGGCGCGGCUGUACAUGUACCCUGAACGAUAACAAAACAGGAGAUCGUGUUCACUGCGCCUGUCCACAGAAGAUGCUGCAAUCAGUGUUUCCGAGCUCGCGCUUCAUCUGUUCUGUACUUGUUCGACUGCAUUAUUCCGUGCUCUCCAAGAAUGUAAGCAAGCAGUGAGCGCACACAUGGCAAUGUUGCAUGGUAUAGCCUUGCAGAAUGUUGAAACGCAACCUUGCACUGUCCAAAGAAUGGCUCCCCAUAAAAGAAGAAUGGCGUGAAGCAUGUAACGGAAAACCAAUAAAUGUACCAAACUGCCUCUUGUGGUACCCAA